UCUCUGCCUGCAAACAUACGAGACAGCUGAGAAACACUUGUACAGAUUUUCUCCAGAGGUCACUGUAACGAAGAGAUGUUGGGAGGAAAAGCUUUCGUUACAGGCCUGCUUGUGCUGGUUACUUUAUGUGGUCAAACUGCUCACUGCAAAAAUCCAUCCAAAGGUUCAACACAACUGGAAGACCUGAGAAUUGUUCUUGUUGGAAAAACUGGAUCAGGAAAAAGUGCUUCUGGAAACACCAUCCUUGGAAAUCCAAAUGCCUUUAAAAAGGAUAUGUCUCCUGAGUCUGUUACUAACGGCUGUCACAAAGAAGAGUCUAAUGAUGGUGAGAGGAAAAUUGUUGUCAUCGACAGUCCAGGACUUUUUGAUACUCAGAAAACAGAAGCCGUUGUGAAAGGAAUAAUUGAAGGUUGUAUUGAGCAGUCAGUUCCUGGACCCCAUGCUUUUCUGUUAGUGAUCAGUCUGAAGGCUAGAUUCACUGAUGAGGAGAAGGCAACUGUGAAAUGGAUCCAGGAUAAUUUUGGUUCAGAUUCUUGUAUGUAUACCAUAGUUCUGUUUACACACGCUGACUUGCUAGAGGAUAAAUCAGUGGACCAAUAUGUCUCAGAGAGCAUACAUCUAAAAAGACUGAUAGACCAGUGUGGAGGAAGGUAUCAUUCAGUCAUGAAUAACAAAAUAGGAAACAGAAUCCAGGUCAAAACACUACUAGAGAAGAUAAACAAAAUGGUGGAGUUUAAUGGAGGAAAGCACUAUGACAACGAGAUGUACCAGAAAGCCCAGGCGAAACUUCAUGAGGAGGAAAGGAAAAGAAAGGAAGAAAGGAUAUAUGCGUGCGCAAAGCUGACUCUUCUUUCCUUGAUACCUAUUGCGUUAGGACCUUUCUUACCCACAGUGGCUCUCCAGUAUGGGGCUGGUAUUGUAAGUACAGUACUUGGAUCAUAUGCAGCCUAUAAUUGCACUACAUAAAGUUAAGGAGCCCUUGGGGAGCCUGUGAUGAAUACAAAUAUGGAAAAAGCUACGAAUAAUGGACAAGCCUCUACUUAAAAUUCUGUUACAUUCAUUUUGAACUGAAAAUUCAGGCUGCAUGCUUUGCUUAUGAGUGGAAUUAGGAAUAUGCUGUCGCACUCAUUAGUCUGUCUAAAUAUUAUUUUGGCUAUGUAAGACGGACAAGAGACAUGCAACAAAUCUGGACUAGGAGGAAGUUGCCUGGCAACAGAGGCUCUAGGAAGUUAGUGUUUCCAGCUAAUGUCUUCCUCAACAGGCUUUAUGUCGACUAUAUAUUUAUAGGCGGUGGUGGCGAAGUCCAUAGGGGCUUGGCCUGGGAACUGGAAGGUCACCAGUUCAAGUCCCCGAAAGACCAAGUGCCACCGUGGUGUCCCUGAGCAAGACACUGGUUACCUACACUGCUCCCCGGGCGCCGUACAUAAUGGCAGCCCACUGCUCCUAACACUAGGAUGGGUCAAAUGCAGAGACCGCAUUUCGUUGUCCUAGUACUUGUACUCUGUGCAAUGACAAUAAAGUUUAAUCUUAUUAUCUUAUCUUAUCUUAUAUCUACAACUAAAAAUGUUCUUACAGUAAAUGUAUAGUGUUCACUACACAUGUAUAGUUUCUAUUUGUUUUUGAGAUCAAUGAUUGAUUUGGUUUUUUUUUGAGAAAGUGUGUAUGGCAAAAGGAACCAAAUAAAGCCCUGCUUUGACUUUA